AUGUAUAAUAUGAAUAUUCCUCUUAUCAUUACGAUACUGUUAUUUUUAUUCUACCAACAUUAUGUAUGUAGUACAAUAAAACCAUACGAAAUAGAUAAAAGGGAUUUAUUAAAAAUAUAUGAAGAUUAUAAAAAUUUGGAAUUAAGUAAAGAGGUUGUUUUAGAUAAUGAAGAGAGUUUCCAUAAUAUAAAAUAUCUGUCUCUAUGUAAUAUAAAUAAUAAGAAUUCGAUAUCCGGAAUAUCAAAUAUACUUUGUAAAAAUAUUAAUUUUGGUUAUCAUAUAAAAAUAAAAGGUGUAGAUCUUUUAUAUGGUGAGAUAGUUCAUUUUGGUACAUCGAAAUUUAUAAAGGAAAUAAAUUUUAUAUGUAAAUAUUAUAUAUAUGAUAAUUCGUAUGAAAUAAUAAAAUGUAAUUAUGUUAUCAAACUUGAUGAGCAUUAUGAUUUUUAUUUAGGGUUUGAUAUGGAACAUAUAUAUGAACCUAAAUAUAAGAUUGAUAAAAAUCAAAACAACAACAGAAAUAACAACAAUAAUAAUGAUAAUAAUAAUAAUAAUAAUAAUUUUAUUCAAUCAAAUAAUUUACAAAAUAAUAAUAUGCAUUCAUUAAAGGAACAAGAACAAAUUGUAUUAAACAAUGUAACAUAUAACGAAAAUAUGAAAAUAGAUAAUAAUACAAAGAAUAUGUCUCGAAAUAAUAAUGAUGAUAAUAAUCAUAAUAUUUUUUAUCAGAAUGAUUAUCUCAAUUAUUAUAAUAGUCAUAAUGUAAAAAUGUGUAAUUUAAGGAUUCCUAUUUAUAGUUAUAUAACGAAUGUAGAAGAAACGCUUUUGAAAAUUCUGAUUGGAUUAUGUAUCAAAUUAGGAUAUAAGAGGUUCAUGAUAUAUUCUGAAAAUACCUUUGUUAUUUCAAGUUAUUUUGAAAAUAUGUAUAUUAGUAGAGAUAUAUUUCAUCAGGGAUUUAAUAUAACUUGUAGGAAAUUUUACAACUCUAAUAAUAUAUAUAUUAUUAAGAGUCAAAAUAGUUUUAUACAAAAUAAAAGUAAUCAUAAUUAUAGGAGCAAUAAUAACAUCGAUGUUGUGAGAAAAGAGGUUCCUAAGAUUUAUGUUAAAUUUUUUGCUAAUAAGUCUUAUUUAUUGUGGAGAGGGAUUGAACAGAAUAAAGAAAUCUUUAAUUUUAAAUUAUUAGAAUUAAAAAAUUUAUUAAAAAAAGUUAAAUAUAAAGAAAGGAUAUAUAUAUGCUAUACUAAAGAAUUAUAUUCUUAUUAUGAACAAGAUGAAAUCUAUAUUAAAAAUUUUAUGUCUUCUCAUAAAAUAAAAUAUCGUAAUUUCAGAUCAUUACAAAAUAAAGAUAAAAAAAAUUUGGAUAUACCUUAUUCUUAUAUAUUAUUAACAUUUGAAUAUUUUUGUGAUCAUACUAUUAUAUUAUUUGAAGAAUGUGUACAUAUUAUAAUGACAUCGAAAAUUUUAGAUGAAAAAUAUAAAAGUAUUAUGCAUCAAUUUUUAUAUGAAAGUUUUCUAUGUUCUCAAAAUUGUUCAUAUGAAGAUGACCAAUUAAAUAUUUUUCAUAAUGAUAUGAUUAUAUCAACAUUUCAAAAAUUUAUAAAUAAUAGUAAUUCUAUAAUCGAUAAAAUGAAAAAACAAUCUAUAUCUAUAACUGAUCAAAUUAAAAAGAAGGAAGAAUUUUAUAAUAAUAUAUUAUUACCUCAAGAUGAAAAUAUAUACAAAGAAUUUUAUGAAAAUAUUAUGUUUUCUAUUGAAUUUAAAUCUUUCAUCCCUUUGAUAAAAGAUGAACUAGAUAAACUUAGUAGAAGGAAAAAUAUUAGAAAUGAUAGUAACAAUAGUAACAAUAGUAAUAAUAGAAAUAACCGAAUUUGUAAUAUUUUGAAGUUUAUUAAAUAUCAUGAAAGGUUAUAUGAAUCUAAUAGCCAUAAUAGUAUAUAUAGUCGAUUAUUAAAUGAAUCCAUAUUAUUAAAUAAAUUAGUUUUUGAAAAUCAUAAAGGUGAUCACCAUUUUGAUGACAUUUCUAUCAUCAAUCUGAAGAAUAAUAUAAAAUUAAACAAAGAAAAUAUUAACACAAAAACAAAUAAUGUGGAAGAAAAUAUAAAAACAAACGAAGAAAAUAUUAACACAAAAACGAAUAAUGUGGAAGAAAAUAUAAAAACAAACGAAGAAAAUAUUAACACAAAAACAAAUAAUGUGGAGGAUAAUAUAAAAACAAACGAAGAAAAUAUUAACACAAAAACAAAUAAUGUGGAGGAAAAUAUAAAAACAAAUAAAGAAAAUAUUAACAUUAAAGGAAACAAUGUGGAGGAAAGUAUAAAAAUCGUAUAUAAUAAAAAUGUGGAAAAUAAUAAGGCUCAGGGAAAUGAAAAUUUUGAACAUACGAAUAAAAAAGAAAUAAUAUAUAUUAUGAAUGAUCCUAUUCAAUCUAACACCACAUAUAAUUCCGAAUCAUAUGAAUCUAUUUCAAACAAUUUAGAUGAAAGUAAUUUGAAUAAUUAUACUUAUGAUGAUGAUGAAAAAUAUGAUACGGAGCAAAUUAACACAUUUACAAAAAAGUACCCUAAAAUGAUGAAUAUGAAAAUAGAUAAAAAAAAUAAAAUAAUAAAUAAUAACGAAUUAGAAUUAAAAAAUAAUAAUAAAGGUACCAUGCAUCAUUCUUUCAUAAUUAAUUCUUAUGGUGUAUAUAUUUAUACUUUACAAAAGCAAUAUGAUUAUGAUAUUCUAAAAAAAAUAUAUGAUGAAUAUAAGAAAACACAAGACAAUACAAAUAAUAGUAAUAAUAACAAUGAUCAUAUGAAAAGGAAAGAAUUUUUUAAUCUACUCUAUUCAAUUAACAAAACAUAUACUUUUACUGUCAAUAAUGUACCCACAAAAAUAUACGACAUAUUAAACAAAACAAAUAUUAUUUCAAAGGAUAAAAAAAAAGAUAAUAAAGAGCAUCAUUCAAAUAUGUAUGAAUGGGGAAAAAAAAAUGUAAAAUACUUCUGCAGUAAAGAGAAAAGGUGGCCAUUUUCUAAAAAGGAAAUUGAUUUUUUUACCUCUGAUGAUGCUAUUUAUUGUGAGGCUCAAUAUGUAAACGAGUUCUUAAUUACUGUAAAUUAUGGAGAACAGACGUUUGAUUAUAUGAUAAAUGAUAUUUAUCAAAAGGGAGAUAUGUUUAAAGAUCAAAAUAUUUAUCAAAAGGGAGAUAUGUUUAAAGAUCAAAAUAUUUAUCAAAAGGGAGAUAUGUUUAAAGAUCAAAAUAUUCAUCGAAAGGAUGAUGAUUAUGAAAAAAAUGAAGAUAUACAUUCAAAUUCACAUUCCGAUAAAAAUUCAAACAUUAAUUUUAUUUUUCCAGAAAAAAUUUUACAUAAGGUCAAAGAAGAAUACUUUGUAAAACAUUCCAUAAAUGAAAGCAAAAUUAUAGGUUUUUAUCUACUUAAUAAUGCAUGUGUAAUAAAAUAUAUUGGGAAUAAAAAAAAUGACAUAAAUAAUCCUUUUUUAAGUAAUGUUUUAUUAAAAUCCGUUUUAGGGUUUUGUAUUUUACAUGGAUUUACAAAGUUGAAAGUUGAAGCAGAAAGUAUUAAUUAUGAAAGUGGAAUAAAAAAUAAAUUUGUGGAGAUUUUAUUAAAUGGAUAUACUGAAUAUGAAUAUUUAGGUUUGACGUUAAUGAAUGUAGCUAGAUUUUCAAAAGAUUUAUAUUAUAUUAUAACAGGAUAUACUUCCAAAAGUGAUCUUUUAUUAUCUGCUGUUAUGAAAUUUGAAAAAAAUUUUAAUAUAUAUCAUAAUAUCGAAAAUAAUUUUUUGAAAUAUAUGAACAAAAAAUCUAUGAAUUUAUUACAUGAAUUAACCUUUAAUUGUAAUGAUGAUUAUUAUCCAUAUAAAAAUUGUUAUGAUCUUUAUCCUCUAGUAAGAAAAAAUAUAAAAAAUAUAUGUAAUUUCGAAACAAAUAGUAUAUAUAAAGAAUUAAAUUUAUUAUUUCCUGAUGUGUGCAAAAUAGGAAAGAAAAUAGCCUUAUGUUAUGAACAAAUUAAAAAAUAUAUUGUUUGCUCAAAAAAUAGCCAAGGGUGUAAAUACUACAAAUUUAUAAUAAACACAUUCAUAAAACCAAGAAGAAAAACAUCCUUUUUUAUUAAUCAUAACAUAAACGUUCAGGAAUAUUUAUCAAAAAAGGCAUAUACAUAUUAUUUGUUAUUAUGUGAACUUAUAAAAAAUAAAGAAAAACAAUUAAAACAAGAAGAAGGGCAAAAUAAAAAUCAAAAUGUAGACCAUGCACAUACUUAUUUUUUAUUAAAUAAUAUCAUUCAAUAUUCCACAUUUUUUCUUUUCUGGAAUUUCUCUACUGAAUUUUGGAAGAGAUUUCAAUAUAUACAUAAUAAUGAUAUUCAUAAUAUAAAUGAAAUUUCUUAUCAAAAUAAUAACUUGUUAUUUUGCCCCAUGGCAUAUGCCUACGAAUUUAUUUAUCACCUUAAUGUAUUUUACAUAAACGAAUAG